AUGUUAGCAGAAGCACUAAAGGAGGUUAAGGAAACUAGAAAGGAAAGAAGAGAGAGGGAAGAAAGGUUAGAGAAGCGUUCGCAAGAAAAUAACGUAUCACUAAGGGAAGAUUUACGAGAACCAUUAGAAAGGGAUUCACAAGAAACGAGAGAGAGAGACGAAACGUUACACCAAAUAAUAGAGUUGAUAAAGGAGCUUAAAGAAUCAGAGGAGAAGCGUUUUCAAGAAGAAAGGGAAAGGAGAGAAAAAUUAGAAGAAUCAAUAAAAGAAGAGUACCGAGAAACUGGAGAAUUAAUAAAGAAAUAUUUUAAAGAAGAAAGAGAAGAAGAAGAAAAAUUCUACGCAUCAUUAAAGGAAGAUUUACAAGAGAUCAAAACAUCAUACACGAAGAUGGAAUAUAAUCUGAAGAAGGCAAUACGGGAAGUACCAAAACGACUGAAGAUGAACGUCGACGAGAGAGAAAGUAAACUACAGACAAAUAUAGAACAGGUCCAGGGAGACGUGGAGAAGACGGAAGAAGAGCUAACAAAAAAGACAGAAGAAGAUGUUGAAGAAAAUAGAACCGAAAUGGAAGAAAAGAUCACCGAAGUGACGCAGAUGCAGAAACAAUGCAACAACGUGGUUGAGAAGAUAGAAGAAGAUGUGGAAGAAAAUGGAACCGAAUUGGGAGAAAAGAACAUUGAAGUGACGCAGAUGCAAAAACAAUUGGCAGUAAAUCUGAGAAAUGCUGUAGCCAUGCAGCGAGAAGAUGACCAGAGGGAUGCAAUCGAAGGUGAGGCCUUCACGUGUGGAAUCAAGAGGAAGAGAGAGACUACGGAUAAUGAUCAGUUUGGAAGAGAAUUGUUGAAGGAAUGCUGGCCCAAAAGUCGUCAGUGUACAACACUUGAGAACCCACUACAAUGCAGACCACUUAGUAAUGGGAAAGGAACGUCGGAAGAAAUUGCCAAGCAUUCAUGUAAAUUGAACGAGACUUUGGAACGACCACUGAGUGACAACGUAAUGGUAUCUGCAAUAAAAAGAAGAUUGAAUCAGAAAAGACAAGGAACCGUAUCCAGGAGCCCAAUUAAAGGUAGAGAGGCCUUAAUGAAGAUACUGGAGCAGUUGGAGUCUAUUAGGUCACAGAAAUACAAGCAAGCUAAUGAUCGAAACAGAGAAGGGAGUAAUGACCCAAGGAUUCAUAUUAAUCAUUCGUCUGAUUUCCGAGGAAGAGGAGGAGGGACCAAUAAACCGAAUGACACUCCAGAUGAGGUCCGGUCUAGAGUGAGGGCUAUAAUGACCCAAAAUAAACAUGCUAGGACAUGGUUAGGACAAUUAGCUGUAAAAUGGACAAUUGAAAGGAAAGGGUUUGUUUACAUUUGUGCUUUGUGUUAUAUUACAGUUAGAGUUGCAUAUUUCAUGUCAAAGACUAUCUCAGAAUGCAUAUAA